AUGAUGCGUCAUCUGUACGUGGUGAUCGACUGUUCACGCAGUAUGGAGGACCAGGACCUGAAGCCUAACCGCCUCACCUCUACUCUGAAACUCAUGGAGCAGUUUGUGGACGAGUAUUUUGACCAAAAUCCCAUCAGCCAGGUGGGCAUCAUCACCACGAAGAACAAGAGGGCCGAGAAGCUGACCGACCUGGCAGGGAACCCCAAGAAGCACGCGGCCGCCCUGAAGAAGGCCGUGGACACGCCCUGCCUGGGGGAGCCGUCCCUCUACAACUCGCUCAGCCUCGCCAUGCAGACGCUCCGGCAUAUGCCCGGACACACCAGCCGGGAGAUCCUCAUCAUCCUCAGCAGCCUGACCACGUGUGACCCCUCCAACAUCUACGAGCUCAUUAAGUCUCUGAAGGCCCUGAAGGUGCGGGUGUCGGUCAUCGGGCUGUCGGCGGAGGUGCGCGUGUGCACGGUGCUGACCCGGGAGACGGGCGGCUCCUACCACGUCAUCCUGGACGAGAGCCACUUCAGAGAGCUGCUGCUGCUGCACGUCAAGCCCCCCCCCGCCAGCUGCUCCUCCGAGUGCUCCCUCAUCCGCAUGGGUUUUCCUCAGCACACCAUCGCCUCUCUCUCAGACCAGGACGCCAGGCCGUCCUUCAGCAUGUCUCAUCUGGAUAGCAGCGGGGGUCCAGGCCUGUCCCUGGGGGGGUACUUCUGUCCCCAGUGCCGCGCCAAGUACACGGAACUGCCCGUGGAGUGUAAAGUCUGCGGUCUGACUCUGGUCUCUGCGCCCCACUUGGCCCGGUCUUUCCACCACCUUUUCCCCCUCCAAGCGUUCCUGGAGCGUCCGGUGGAGGAAGCCCCGGGAGACGGCUUCUGCCGAGCGUGCCAGGGCAGGCUGAAGGACAAAAGCACGUUCACCUGUCCGUCGUGUCAGGGCGUGUUCUGCACGGAGUGUGACCUCUUCAUCCACGACUCGCUGCACUGCUGCCCCGGCUGCAUCCACACACACAGCCCUCAGUGA